CUCAAGUCUUGCACAUUUCAACUUGUUUAGUGCUCACUUCCAUGGACGGCAACAAAAUUGGACUAUUUGGUAUGCUGUGGCUGAUGAGCAGGUAGCAGGAUUUUCAAUCGAUGACUUGGAGGAGACAGUUAGUUAAACUACCUUUGGAUGCGACCCGACAUGCUGCGUGCACCUCUAUUGCACAGAGAUCAACUUUGUAUGCUUCGACUUUGAAAAGGAAUGUGCGUGGCUUAUAAAAAUUCACAUAGACUGACACCUUUAGAUAUAAUCGAUCUACGUUAGCAAGCUUGUGAUCCUGGUCGUCUUUGGCGAAGCAGGCCUCACCAUCGACGGCCGCUGCGGAAGGAGUGAAGGAGGAAAAUGUAGGGGUCGUAUUCUGGGGGAUGCGAGUCAGUGGCGAGGAGAAGCUGGUGAGUACAUGUCCUUCUGUCUCAUACUGUUGAAUCUUCUGGAAUUAGGAAGUCGGAUAUGUAGAAUGAGCCUUUUGCAAGCUAAUGCGGGGUACGUGUUUGUGAAAGCACGGGAAGUUAUCGCAUAUAACGUGCGCUCCUUGGAUUACAUGUCAAUACAGCCAUCGAAAAGUGCUAUGAAUCAGCACCCACUACACACGACCCUUCCCCCGCACAGGUACAAGGGCUCAGAUGGUUAUCUCUCGCACCAUCUACAACAUCUACCCCCCUGAGAACGAGCGACAAGAAGUUACCCUCCCUACUGAAAUCUGUCGUCUAUAUUGUCAUCGAGUGCAGUGUAUUGUCGACCAAAUUCAGGGAAAUAAACAUGUCGUUAACCAAGUAAGGAUGCGUGCAUCCUA